UUAAUAAGGGGAAAAAUUUCUUCUUGAAGAAAAUUGUUUCUUGAAACGUUAAGUAGAAACUCUGAUACUAAAUAGGACCUGGUUGCAAGAGACCUUUACCUAGCAACAGAUGUGUCAGUCUGAAACAUUUUUCUGAUUGGUUAAAAGUCAAGUGCUUUGGAUUUUAAUCCCUUUUAGUUCUCGAUAAUUCUGCCUCAGUCUGUGAUUGCUUCUGAACCCACCAAACACCCAGGAAGAAAAUGGCCACAGUUGGAGCCCUGGUGUUAAGAUUGUUCUUCAUUGCUGUUCUGAUGAGCUCCCAGAAGUCAUGGGCUAUCAAAGAGGAACACACCAUCAUCCAGGCAGAGUUCUUUCUUUCCCCAGACCAAAGCGGAGAGUUUAUGUUUGACUUUGACGGUGAUGAGAUUUUCCAUGUAGACAUUGGAAAGUCAGAGACCAUCUGGAGACUUAAAGAAUUUGCAAACUUUGCCAGCUUCGAGGCUCAGGGUGCAUUGGCUAAUAUAGCUGUGGACAAAGCCAACCUGGAGAUCAUGAAAAAGCGUUCCAACAACACUCCAGAUGCAAACGUGGCCCCAGAGGUGACUGUACUCUCCAGAAGCCCUGUGAACCUGGGAGAGCCCAACAUCCUCAUCUGUUUCAUUGACAAGUUCUCCCCUCCAGUGGUCAAUGUCACCUGGCUCCGGAAUGGACAUCCUGUCACCACAGGCGUGUCAGAGACAGUGUUUCUUCCGAGGGACGAUCACCUCUUCCGCAAAUUCCACUAUCUGACCUUCCUGCCCUCCACAGAAGAUUACUAUGACUGUGAGGUGGACCACUGGGGCUUAGACGAGCCUCUGCGGAAGCACUGGGAGUUUGAAGAGAAAACCCUCCUCCCAGAAACUAAGGAGAAUGUUGUGUGUGCGCUUGGGUUGUUUGUGGGUCUGGUGGGCAUCGUCGUUGGGAUUAUCCUCAUCAUGAAGGGUAUUCAAAAACGCAACGUUGUAGAACGCCACCAAGGAGCCCUGUGAGAUACCUGGAGGUGAUGCCUUCGGUUAAAGUUCAGUGAAGAAACUUGCUGUGACGGAAUCUGAGACUACUCCUUUCAGUUGUUCAUCUCAGCGGAGACCUCAUCUUCUGCAGUUUCCAGCCUUAAGCCUCAAGAAUGGCAGCAGGUUCUCUGGUCUAAUGUCUGGCUGGGCUUUUCCACCUCCCACCUGUAUCUAUAUUCUGUCUUCCACCAUUUAUAGUAAUUCCUCUGUGACAAAUAUCACAAAGUUCUUCCUCUGCUGUGGAACUUUCUGAGAAUGGAGUCAUCUUCUCCAAACUGUGUUCUUGUUUUCUACAAAUAAUAAACACCUUGGGUUGUGAAGUG